AUGAAUCCAAUACAAUUACCUGAGUAUACUUUACGAUUCCAUAAGUCAAGUGUGACGGAUUUGCUAGUCCUUGAUCUGCCACAAGAAGUUGCACCGUUACUUGUAUCUGGAGACGCAACCGGUAAGAUAUGUCUAUGGGACCUAAUUAGAAGAAGACCCAUAUCUAGUCAUUGCAUUGAAAAUGAACCACAAAUUGUAGCGUUGCAGUAUGUGGAUGAUGGUCUUUUAGCAGUUUUAGACAAGCAACAUAAGUUACGGUUCCUCAAAAUUGAUGGUUCAUGGGAACAAGUUUAUGAAAUUCCUGUUAAUACUUUAAACUUUGCCAAUUUUUUGGUCCAGAGACUUGACACUGGUUGGUAUCGGUUGAUAUGUUGCAAUACCCAGGAUUCAGAAUCCAUUGAUAUCUAUGAGUUUCACCUAUCCAGUUUACACUCUCUCAAAAGGGUUCACAAAGGGUUGAAAUUUUACCAAGCCAUAAGUUCCUUGAUAUUACCAGCUGGAUUCAAAUUGGAUAAAUUAGGGAUUGUUAUGAAAUUCACAGAAUGGCACGGUGUUAUAUUCUGCGGUAUGGAAAGUGGGUUUGUCAUUGGAUUCAACUUAAUCGACGAUGGUCAAGUGGAAAUCGUAUAUGUGUCCCAUGUACACUAUCCUAAUCCCAUCUUAGAUCUUUAUCCAGGGAAAGAUAACAUUUUGAGCUCAUCUACGGAUAAUAAAAUUGGUAUCCAUGACCUGAAUUGCCAACAAGACGAAAGGCCCAAUUUCGAGCGCCAAUCUCCAAUAUUAUUAAAAAAAGAGCUACAUUCCUUGAGUGCCAAUUUUAAACAAGUUCCAAUCUCUGAAGUAGCUCAUAUCAAAAAAAUUGAGAAUUUAUUACUCUUAUCGAGCUGGUUUGGAGAAACUGUAGUAACUGAUGAACAAAUUGAAUUAUUAGCCAAGUUUUCCAAGUCGAAGAGCAUUGUGGAAGUUAAUGAAAACCCACAAGGAAAUCUGCAGAGCAAUAAUACUUCUUCCAAGAGCAAAAAUCCAAACUGUAAAGUCAGCUCCUUGGAGGGUCUUUCCAGUUCAAAUUCGAAAGACUCAAACUACGUGAUCUCUACCAACGUGGGACAAAGGCGUAGGAUUGAAAGAUUUUUACAAAACAGUUGGUGUAUUAUAGGUUAUGAUGACGGGAACAUAGCAUUUCACCGUUUGUAA